CACCCACCAUCUCCAAGUCUAGACAAGGUUGACGACUGAAUGGCUGGCAGCGUCGCUAGGUGGCCUUUGUCGCACUACGUAUGCCGUGCUGCCUCGAAUGACGUCUUAGUCGCUGCGAGAUAAACAACCCUCGACAUCAUCGCAUCGUCGUCCAUCAAACGUCGCAUCGUCACGUCACGUCGCCACGACUACGCAGCUGCGACUCUGCUCCUCUCUGCUUAUAUCACCUCUCAGCCCUCACGUUCCCACACCCCCACACCAACCAUGUCGGUCAUGAGCACGAGCUACACCGCGCGCAAGCUGGGGCGGAUGGACCCAGGCGGCAACGGGCGCCUCGCCCGCUCCCUGAUAGCAGACUACGUCGAGAGCCGCCUCGAGGCCGGCGUGCCGCCUAGCCAGAUCGCGCGCGACCUCAACGCCCUCGCCGACAAGGUGCCGGAACACGGCGAUAACAUUGACGCCGGCCGAGCCCACCUCGCGCGCUUCAACCACCUCCCAGACAUCGACGUGACGGAUUACAUGGUCUCCCCGCCGCAGUCGAGCAGCAUCGUGCGCCGGCUGAGCGGGCGCGCGAGACGGCAUUCUCAGCCCACCCCAGCGGCGGCGACGGCUCACCAGCCCCGCCCGCCCGUCGUCCGCUUACCGAGCAACUCGGCAGAGACGCCCCCGCCGCCCUAUACACGCUCCGAGCGCGCCGCCGCCAACGCCGACGUGCUCGCCCGCCUCGGGGCGGCGGAGAACGCAAACCUCCACCUCGUGACUCAGCUUUCGGCGGCCGAGGCGCGCAUCGCACAGCUCGAGGAGGCGCUCGCGAAUGCGCAGCACUAGGGUGUGAGGGGACGAUGAGACGACGACAACCCGCAUACGAUGACAGCGGCGGUGGCGGUGGCGACGACUGCGCACAUGCGAUGCAUUACUAGACUAUGAUUCGACUCGACACGAUGACGGCGACGAUCCGACACCCACCGAGGAUCAAGGACACUCACUCCACACGAUCCACUCCGCAUUAGCCGUACCACGGCACCUCGACCCCGGCUGCGGACGGACAUCAGCACCGCCCACGACGACGAUCCCCCACACGAUCUCGUGCGGCUGCGCCGCACUCGACCCACUCACCGAUCAUCUCCACCACCACCUCGCCAUCCCCCCACGGACGCUUGUACGUGUCGCUCUUGCCGACACGCGAUAUCCUAGCCUGCGAGUAGACCUUUGACGUAAGGGCGUGCUCGGCCGACUCGAAGAUGGGGCGCACGCCGGCGCGCUGGAGGACGGGCGAGGCAAGGAGGGUGUUUGGCUGAGGGGUUGUCAGCUUGGCAUCUUCGCGAUGGGGUGACUUCGCCACCCCCCGCUAGCCCGACCCACCCGCUCAUCAUCAUUCGGCACGGCAAAGUAGAACACGCCGCAGCGCGUAUGCCCCCUCUGGUCUGCCGGGGGCGCCGCCACGCGGUGGUUGGCAGCCUUGAAGUACCCGCCUGUAUACCACUCCAUGAAGACACCACAGUUGACGAUGAUGCCGCCGGGCGUGUGGCGCACGUACCGCCACGUGCCGGCGUCGUCGCGGACCUGCAGCGACGCCAUGGGCUGGGAGAAG